AUGGAUGUACAGCCUGGACAUUGCUGGCGUUGUGAAAAAGGUCUCCCACAGCACGCUGUGCCUUGUAGCCGAUGCCCAGUUGCUGUCUACUGUACCACAUCAUGCCGGGACAGAGACAAAGUCAGACAUGCUUCUAUCGAGUGCCAGCUAUAUGGGCCAAAAAGGUGCAGCAAAUGCGGCACAAUGGCAGACAAAAUGAGUGAGUGUUCACAAUGCAACAAUGUGUGGUACUGUAAUAGAGACUGCCAACGACAGGACUGGACUGCACACAAAACAUCAUGCAAUGGUGUUAAAGAGACCAUCAAAGCAUUGGCAAAAAACCUGGCUCUGAAGUACUCGUUAUCAAAGAAGAGAAAAGCAGAUUUUCCUUACUACUUUGGAAAUGUCAUUGCAAGAGACUACCUAAAACUCAAUGAAAAUGAGUUAUCAACUGGAAGGGAAGAGGAGCUCCUGAUGAGAGAUUUCCAUGUUUUAUCUGCUGGUUGUGGAGACUUGCGCAAUACAGUAUUGAUGGCUGGUUCCUUGCCUGAUGAGUACCAGGGGGAACUUCACAUCACCCUCAAUGACUACGACCCUUUUGUCAUGGCAAGGAAUGUGCUGUUUCUCUUCAUGUUGGCACGCUUCGCAGACACUGACUACAUUGCUUCCAGUUUGACAACCAUCUGGUACUCACUCCACAUUUCAAAGAGAGAGUACGACUUGAUCAAGACAAGCUUGGAUGAACUCAUUCAGAUGAGUGCUCAGCAACUCCAUGAUGCUACUAAAGGACUGGUGAGGCUCCUGGAUGAAGAUCUGAGGUAUCUGUGUCAGGUUUGGGAAAAAUGGCAAACAUUGGAAUGUCAACGAGACCAAAAAACUUCAGUCAAUCUCAAGCAACAACGGAAUGCACUCUUUGGGACAGACAUAAUGAGGGAGCGAGUGUCUCUUUAUCUGGCAGAGUUAUCCAAAAAUGAGAAGAAAAAGAUGAGAGAGUGGUUUGACCAUGCUUUGUUUCUGCCAUCUGAAUCACGAAAAUCCGCUGUGCCUUUUGACAAUCCCACUCUCACUGGAAGAGAUUCUGAUUGUUGGUAUGAUGAUUUCACACCGAUAGUCCCAAAAGAUCACCAGUUUGUUUACUGCAUCAACACAGAUGCAUUUCCGUUUAGAGAGUGGGAUUGCUUGAGAGUUAGAGAGUGCAGUUCUGGAUCCUUCACGUCUCCGAUGGAAAUGUAUCACAGUUACGUGACAAACCUUCUCAAAAAAGUCAGGAGGCUGAUUGUCCAAGAAAGGCUGUUUGUCCAUGUGUUCUUGGACAACUGUCUCGUCUUUCCUGAGCGGCACCAAUCCUUACAGAUGACCAACUAUGAUCGCAUUAUCACCUCAAAUCUUGCUGACAUAGUUGGGUUUGCUAGGCUUCUCCAGACAUUCAAGCCUCUUCUUAAUGCCAGUAACAGAUUCUCAGUGAUUACCACUGAGACUAUGAACUGGUUCAAAUUCAUACCAGGAGCCGACACUAAUUCCGUGGUGUGUCCACGCCAACGGAUUCAGGAGUGCAACGAUGCAUAUUCUAGAGACUGCAACAGAUUGAUGUUCCCUGGCAACAACAAUAGGAGGGACUAUUUCAACAACACUCCUCAGUUUCUGCAAUACCUCCGUGCAGACAUCAUGGCGGGUGGCCUUGGAAUACUGCCACUCAAAGACGUUCCAUCUCUUGCCACCGUAAUGACAUAUCAUGGCAUGCAGAUGCGGGAUUUCCGCAAGGAACUCAAUAAAUUUGUCCCCUUCAAGGAUCGUGUAAAUGCACGAGAUCUUUCCAUGAUGAAUGGGCUUAUCAGAGCUGUAGAGUGGUAUCUCCCAAAAAAGUGAAAACAGUUCAAGUUAGAGAGCCCAUAUACCAAUGCUUCAUCCUUUGUGCCUUUCUUAAAGGCAAAAAGUGAGAGGUAGUUAUGCCACCAAGGCUUCCAAGAACAUGUAAACUAUUCAUGAAGUGCCAUACCACAAUCUUUUGUAAAUGACAGUCCCCAUUAAAUUUUGGACAUGAAAAUAUAUUGACUCCCUCUCCAUGGGAAAUUGGGGAAAUUGUAAUAGAAUAAAACAACCACAGUCAAUUUGUCUGGUACAUUAAAAGUUAAAUAUUUGACCUCACCAGGUUACAGACACCCUACAGAUUUUAACCUGGAUGAUUUUUCUUAUGUCAUUAUGGCACUCAUAUGGGUUAAAGAAUACUUUGAAAGUUGGCAAGUUGUAAAAUAAAUAAUAAAGUAAAGAUAACUUUAU